UGGAGAUGAUAUUCAUGUUCUGACUCAAAGUGGCUUGUUCUGUGGCGGCAGUCGUGACCGUCUCUGGUUAGUUCAGCUGAUGACACUUUGAUUGAGGCAACAACAGGUCGUGAGUUAAUGUGUAACAGGGGAGAGAGGCGCAGACGUUUGCUCGGCUCUCGCUGAACGACUCAGUCACAAGACAACACAGCACCUCUGGAUAUCUGCACUUCUUUUUUGUUGUUGCUUAUGAGUCGUUUUGUCCGUUGAGCUUGAGAAACAGAGCUGCUAUGGCUGACACAAACGCCCAGUCGCCCGCCACCAGCUCACCCAGCAGGAUGGACCAAGUGCAAGGCCAGGUCAAUGAGGUCAAAGUUAUCCUGAAGGACAACAUCAACAAAGUGCUGGAGAGAGGCGACAGAAUAGAUGAUCUGAUUGGGAAAACUGAUGACCUACAGGCGUCGGCCGACUCGUUCCAGAGGACGUCCACGCGUGUGGCCCGGAAAUACUGGUGGAAGAACGUCAAACUGAUGAUCAUUAUUGGCAUUGUCGUGCUGAUCAUAAUAAUCCUCAUCAUCCUCUUUGCCACCAAAGUUAUUUAACCGUUUAAACCCGGCUCAGGACUGAAAGCAAUGAAGAGAGCGCAUAAUAGUUCACGUUUGUACAGUCGACUUUUAUUGAGCAGUUUGGGGCGUUUUCAUUUCAAAACAAGGCGCUGCUUUGUGUGCAGGUAAAAAUCAAAAUGUUAUUGAUUUUAUUUUCUAUCAUUAUUGUUAUUAUUAUCAAGUUUAUUGAUUAGUUUUCUUGGGAAGAUUAACAACAUUGACUGAGCUAUAUCCUAAAACACUCCAAGUCCAUGAACAUGUGACGUCACACCACAGGGUCGCAAAUCCAAAAUUAAGAGUUUAUUCUUGACACAUUUCUUGAUGUCAAUGCACUGUGUGUAUGUAUAUAUACAUAUAUAUACACUGUAUGUUUAUGACUGUAAUAACAUGUAUAUUUUGACUGAUGGAUAAAGAAGAGAGUAGAUUAUA